AUGCUCUCGGCGGCCACGCUCCCGGCGGUGCACAACAUGCAGGCGGCGCUCGUCAAGGCCGGACUGGCCCGCCAGGUGCGCGUCACCGUGCCCCUCAACGCCGACGUCUACGAGUCGCUCGACGGCCGCCCCUCCUCGGGCGACUUCCGCCCGGACAUCACGGCCCUCAUGACCAGCCUCGUUCGCUUCCUCCUCGACAGCGGCGGCGUGCUGGCCAUCAACAUCUACCCCUUCCUCUCCAUGGACGCCGACGCCAACUUCCCGCGCGACUACGCCUUCUUCCCGGCCCCCGGCGCGCCCCCCUCCCAGGCCAGCGUGCAGGACGGCAACGUGCUCUACACCAACGUCUUCGACGCCAACUACGACACCCUCGUCGCCGCGCUCAAGAAGCACGGCCUCGGGAACAUCACCGUCGUGGUGGGCGAGAUCGGAUGGCCCACCGACGGCGACGCCAACGCCAACGCCGCCGGAGCGCACAAGUUCAACCAGGGCCUCUUCGACCGCAUCGUCGCCGGCAAGGGCACCCCGCGCCGGCCCCAGAUGCCCGACGUCUACAUGUUCGCGCUGCUGGACAAGGACGCCAAGAGCGUCGACCCCGGCAACUUCGAGCGCCACUGGGGCGUCUUCAACUACGACGGCUCGCCCAAGUACGCGCUCCGGCUCGCCGGCGGCAAGGGCAUCGUGCCGGCCAAGGGCGUCAGGUACCUCUCCAAGCAGUGGUGCGUGCUCCGCCCCGACGCCAGCCCCACCGACCCGGCCAUCAUCGGCGCCGUCGGGUACGCGUGCCAGUACGCCGACUGCACCAGCCUCAGCCCCGGCUCCUCCUGCGGCGGCCUCGACGUCCGGGGCAACGUCUCCUACGCCUUCAACCAGUUCUUCCAGUCCGCCAGCCAGCAGAAGGGCUCCUGCGGCUUCAACAACCUCUCCGUGGUCACCACCACCAACCCGUCGCGGGGGACCUGCCGCUUCAAGAUCAUGAUCGACACCGGCCGGCACGACCUCACCCACCAGGACGACUCCGGCGCCGCCAGGGCCGCCGCCGCGUGGGGCGCCGUCGUCGCCGUGCUCGCAUUGCUCGCCAUCGUCGCACUCUGA